GAGAAAAAAAAAAAAAAAAAAAAGAAACAAAGAGAGAAAAGAAAUACCAUUUCCUCUCUGUUUCUUUGCCCUUUUCUCUCUCCGACCUCCAUCAUAUUACAGCGAUCUCUCUCUCUCUCUCUCUCUCUCUCUCUCUCUCUUCGAUUGAUUUUCCUCUCGGAUCGGUCGGUGGGGAAAAAGCAAAAAAAAAAAAAAAAAAAAAAAUUGAAAGAGGAAGAGGAACAGAAAAAGCUUGGAACUAUGUCUAUGUCCGAUUCCGAUUCGUCAUCCUAUGGCGGUGACUACAAGAAUUUCAAACAAAUCAGCCGUGACCGGUUAUUGCAUGAAAUGCUUCGAUCGGCCAAAACAGGGGACUCAAAACUCACUUGGAAGGUACUUAUCAUGGACAAAGUUACAGUGAAGAUAAUGUCUUAUUCUUGCAAGAUGGCUGAUAUUACAGAUGAAGGCGUUUCAUUGGUGGAAGAUAUGUACAAGAGAAGGCAGCCGUUGCCCUCCAUGGACGCUAUAUACUUCAUCCAGCCAACAAAAGACAACGUUAUUUUGUUCUUGUCAGAUAUGGCUGGAAGAGCACCUUUGUACAGGAAGGCAUUUGUUUUCUUCAGUUCACCCAUUUCAAAAGAUCUGGUUGGUCUCAUCAAGAAGGAUUCAACUGUGCUACCUCGCAUAGGUGCACUUAGAGAGAUGAAUUUGGAGUAUUUUGCUAUAGACAGCCAGGGUUUUAUCACCAACAAUGAGAGGGCUUUAGAGGAACUUUUUGGGGAUGAUGAGGACACUCGCAAAGGUGUUGCAUGUUUGAAUGUGAUGGCUAGUCGCCUAGCUACUGUUUUUGCUUCUUUAAGGGAAUUUCCUUUUGUACGCUACCGAGCUGCCAAGUCCCUUGAUGCAACCACAAUGACAACUUUUCGUGAUUUAAUUCCUACGAAGCUUGCUGCUGGGGUUUGGGACUGCCUUAUGAAAUAUAAGAAAUCAAUCCCUAACUUUCCACAGACAGAAACAUGCGAGUUGCUUAUCCUUGACAGAUCUGUAGAUCAGAUUGCACCUAUCAUACAUGAAUGGACAUAUGAUGCUAUGUGCCAUGAUUUACUAAAUAUGGAAGGCAAUAAAUAUGUACAUGAGAUUCCUAGCAAAACUGGUGGUCAACCUGAGAAGAAAGAGGUUCUUUUAGAGGACCAUGAUCCUGUGUGGCUUGAGCUUCGCCAUGCACAUAUUGCAGAUGCUAGUGAAAGGUUGCAUGAGAAAAUGACCAACUUUAUAUCAAAGAAUAAAGCUGCACAAAUCCAGCAUGGGUCAAGAGAUGGUGGUGAACUGUCAACACGGGACUUGCAAAAGAUGGUUCAAGCAUUACCACAAUAUAGUGAACAAAUUGACAAGCUCUCCCUUCAUGUGGAGAUUGCAGGUAAAAUAAACAGAACUAUUAAGGAUGUUGGGCUUAGAGAACUUGGACAGCUGGAGCAGGAUCUUGUUUUUGGAGAUGCAGGAAUGAAAGAUGUAAUCAAAUAUUUGACAACAAAAGAUGACACCACUCGUGAAAAUAAGCUGCGCUUGCUGAUGAUUCUUGCAGCCAUUUAUCCUGAAAAAUUUGAUGGUGAAAAGGGUCUUAAUUUAAUGAAGUUGGCAAAGUUACAACCUGAGGACAUGAAUGCUGUGAAUAAUUUGAGACUGCUUGGGGGAUCAUCGGAAACCAAAAAAACCUCAACAGGACCUUUCUCUUUGAAGUUUGAUAUGCAUAAGAAGAAACGUGCAGCUAGGAAAGAUCGUACAGGUGAAGAAGAAACAUGGCAGCUUUCACGCUUUUAUCCCAUUAUAGAGGAACUUGUUGAAAAACUUAGCAAAGGCGAACUGUCAAAAGAAGAUUAUCCAUGUUUAAAUGACCCAAGUGCCACUUUCCAUGGGACUCCAAAUAGCACACCGUUACAUCAAGCUCCAGCUGCUCAUUCAAUGAGAUCAAGACGGACACCAACAUGGGCUCGGCCUCGUUCUUCUGAUGAUGGAUAUUCAAGUGAUUCGGUUCUAAGACAUGCAUCUAGCGAUUUCAAGAAGAUGGGCCAACGAAUUAUUGUAUUUAUCGUUGGUGGAGCUACCAGAUCAGAGCUUCGGGUCUGCCACAAGCUGACAACUAAGCUGAAGAGGGAAAUUAUUUUGGGCUCGUCAAGUCUUGAUGAUCCUCCACAAUUUUUAACGAAACUGAAGAUGCUGACGGCGAAUGAGCUCUCAUUGGAUGAUCUCCAGAUCUGAAGGCGGACGGCUUAGGAAUGCUGAAUUGGGAACUUAUACAAGGGUAUCCAAUCAAAUUUGUAGCAUUCAAAAUUUUAUUCAGCUCAUUGUAUCCAUUUUUUUUUUUUUUUUGUUCCAUGAGACAUUCAAAUAUAAAAUUGACAUCGGUUAGUGGCUUCCUGUGGUAUAUUCAAGAUGGAGCAUCUUGACCAGCUUAGUCUCCUGGGCUCUGUAUUAUAUCGACAUGUCCACGAGGCCAGUGGGUUUGAUGCACGGUGUGUAUAACAUAAUUCUUUUCAACUGACAGAAACAACCAUUGCAAAUUCCAAAGCUGGGAACUCCAAUGCUGUCUGAUUGUGACUGGAUCUUUUUCAUGGUUUAAUGGGUGGUUCUUGGAGUUUUGUAUUGUAUAGUAUAGUCCGGCUCCAGUUAGUUGAGUUUAUAUGGCUCAAAUUGUAUUCCAUGAAGAGUUCCAUGUAUGAAAGAGCAAGAUCCCUAUGCCAUCCAUACGCCCUCUCAAACUAACAUCUUCCUCUCUUCCAUGGUGCAUACCAAUUUGAUUAUCAAUUUCUUUUGGCCUACGAAUAUGGGUUCUAUUUUGAUUGCAAAAUAUGCAUGAUAUAUAUAUGAUAUUAUUUUAUUGGUUCA